UUCCUGUAACUCCCACGGAUAUCGAUCCGUACGUUCGCGCGUUCCGAGUGGCGCGUACGCAAGCCCAACGGGCGACAAAGAGGGCCACACCGGUGUAGCUAGUUUGUGCCCGCGCCUCCCCUCGCACUCCGCUCGUCCUCUCCCUUUCUCUUUCUCUCGCAUUCUCUCCCUUCUCUUCCUCCUCCUCUUUCGUCCUCCUCCUCGCGAGCAGGAGCACGGCAAUCGGGCGAGAUGAGCGACCAGGAGGACCUGGAUUAUUACAUCAUGUACCCGCCGUUUCCGCCAUCCCCGAAGGACCCGACGCUCGCGACGACGACGGGCGGACAGGAUCAACGGGAGGAGUUCGUGUUCGUGUACGAGGAGGACAAGCGGCCGGUCGUAGUCCUGCUAGGAUGGGCCGGCUGCCAGGACCGAUACCUGGCCAAGUACAGCGCGAUCUACGAGGAGAAAAGUUGCAUCACGCUGCGUUAUACCGCGCCGGUGGAGUGUCUGUUCUGGCGCCGGGACAAGAUGCCUUACAUCGGCAAGCGGCUGCUGCAGGUCAUAACCGACAAGAGGCUGCACGAGCACCCGAUAUUCUUCCACGUCUUCAGCAACGGCGGCGCGAUCCUCUAUCAGCACGUCAGCCUCGCCAUGCAGAAGGCUAACACGCCGUUCAAGGUCAGAGGUGUGAUAUUCGACAGCGCGCCCGGCGAGAGAAGAUUGACGGCGCUCUUCAAGGCGAUCAGCGCGAUCAUCGGCGGCCACCCGCUCACGAAUCUGCCGAUGUCCUUCGUCAUCACGUUCUUCAUCUCCGUACUGUGGUUCUUCGAGGUGAUCGCGCAGGCAUUCAGCAGAACUCCCAUCCAGACGAAUCCGAUCGCCCUCGCCGAGGAAGCCUACUCUUGGCCUCAGCUGUUCUUGUACUCCAACAGCGACACUCUGAUCCCGGCAUCCGACGUCGAGAAGUUCGCCAGCCGGCGGGCCGAGCGUGGCGUGCAAGUGCAGCUGGUGCUGUUCACUAACUCGCCGCACGUCAAGCAUUACGCGACCUACCGCGACGUCUACGUCAACACGGUGUGCAGCUUCGUCCACGAAUGCCUGACCUCGCCGAGCGCGUCCAGAAGCCUCCUCUCGUCUCUGGACCGCGGCGACGAUCGCGGCUCCCAGAGCUACGACGCGCCACCGGGGCUCAUCAAGCGCGUCGUGUUGCCGCACGAGGCCACCAAGCAGCAGAAUUAGAGCGGUGCGAAACGUUAAUAGAUAGAAUAGAGUACCCGCGUGGAGGAUCCGCGCCGGAGGUCCCGCGGGUGUGAAGGGAGAGAGGAUAGUUCAUUUCCGUAUACGCGAAAAAAGAAAGGAAGAAAGAAAACGCGGAGAAACGGACAAGUUGCAAAGUGAAGCGGGCAGAAUUCGCUCGGAGAAGUUGAAUCGGCUUCCUGAUCGUCGCGCGAUUGAGGAUUGGUUUCAUUUUAUUUAUUUAUUGAUUGAUUGAUUUAUUUAUUUAUUUAUUCUUGUUGUGAUAUUCCCUUCUGUUCGUUGUGUUCUUGUCGCUACGACCGCCGUUCUUGAUAUUCUGUGAUAGAAUAAUAAAAUAGAAUGUUAGAAAAGUCAGUUCCUUGACUGUAGAAUUAAGCUACAUUAAAGCUACGUUAAAGCGAACGGUCGGCGAGCCAGCGGAAGCUCGGAGGAAGGGAGAGCCCACAGGCCUCGGGAUCAGUUCGCGAUCGUGCGGGUCAGGAAUGUCGAUGUCUCGCCGAGCGAAUUCUCCAAGAUCCGCUUUCGAUUUGCUCGUUUCGUACAGGGUAAAGAGAUGACGUCCGAGAUGCUGGAAACGGUGCUACGUUCGUUGACAUUGCCGUAAAGCUAUUUUAUACGACGGUGCUCGUUCAUUUUCGCACGAAGGUCAUUACAAACCGAAAAGGUCAGGCUCGAACGAGCGAGACUGCACACACACACAUACACACACACACACACAUAUACACACACGGUGGCGUAGAGUCUCUCUAGAAAGAAAUGUUUCCUUUGCGCGCGUUUCAACGCAUUUCCUAGACGUGUCUUGACAUAAGGCUUCAUUCUCAUGUAUAAGUACAAAUACAUAAUCUUUGUAUGAAGAUAAAACUUGCUCGCAUGAAGAUAUUCUAUGUGGUUCCACUAAAAAUAUCGUAUUCUUGUUAUUCAAGAAUAAUUUUCAUGAAUUGGUAGGGAAAUAUAUUGAAUAGAAGGAACGAUAUCAUCAAACUAAGAAUUGUAUCGGUUUGAAGACAUCGUUGUUUUUAACUAAAAUUUCCCCUCAAAAUUCAUAAAAAUUAUUUUUGAGUAACGAGAAUACAGCCGGUAUUUAUAAUCUGAUCUUUCUGAUGAAUACCGGCCUAGGAUAUUUUUAAUGGAAUUAUAUAAAAUUUCUUCAUGCGAGCAGGUUUUAAUUUUAAAUAAGAUUAUAUAUUUUCGUUUAUAUAUGAAAAUAUCGAUUCUUGAUUUAAGACCAAUAUUUCUCUGUGUUGUGUAGAGUCUCGAAUUGAUAGUAAUUUUUUUAUCUGUGUACGUUUGCUCGAGCGUUAUCCGAUUCCUACGAGCGUACGGCUCAUGGAACGGCGCGCAAUUUGUGCGAUUUCCGAAGCUUUAUUUCGCUAACGAAGCUCAAAUAAUAAUAAUAACAGCAAUCCCAUGUCUUCAGAGAAUCGAGCCGAGCUCACCCCGGACGUGUUUGCACUGUUUGCGGCAUCGUGAGCCUUGAGUCCGAGUUUUCCCCGAUAUUCGCGAAGACAACAACGGAACGACAACCGGUUUCCGCACGUCCUCUCUCCUUCACCUUGAUUCCCCCCUUGCGUUGUCCCCGUUGUCUCAGCUUGAUUCUUCGUUCGUAUCUUCUUCCGUUUCGACUUCUUCCGCCACCGCGUGUCCGAGCGAUCACGAUCCGAUUCUUUAGAAGCUUACAGGUACUCGUAGUGACGGGCGCGCUCGUUUUCUCUCUCGCGACGGUCCUCGAGAGAGUGACGGAUCUCUCUCUCUCUCUCUCUCUCUCGUCUGUCGGACGGGUGCGCAUCUUUCCCCGACGACGACGGGGGGCAACGAUAGGAUAACGAUCGAUUGAACUUAUGAAAUUUUUAGAACGAGAUCGACGCGAAUUCUAGAAAACCGUACGUAAUAAAUAAUUACCGCGCCGUUGUGUUGUCGCUUUCACUCUUUGCUGAUUACAUCUUUACUACCGCGAGGACGGAGAGGAAAAAACCCGCACAAAAAGAAUCAAGCUGGACUUGAUUUUUGAGCUUUUCGCAAUUCACCGAUCCGAUUGCAUGGCAUUUAAUAUCGACUAAGAAACUAACGAACGAAAAAAUUCUUCUUGUAUCUCAAAUUAAUAUCAGUGACGAUAUCGUCUCUCGGCACCUCGUCGCUCGAGAGUAUAGCUGUAUCGGAUGUUGCAAAACACACAUCUAUACAUAUAUAUAUAAAUAUAAAUAUAAAUAAUAUAAUAUAUUUUGAUCUGUCGAUUAGUUAAACGAAUAAAGACUGAUAAAUACCUAA